AAUGAGUUGAUUGCUGUGUUUUGAUUGGUUGAAACCGUCAGGUAGGACAACCGAUAUAAUAUAGUGUAGAGUUAUUCCAUGUACUGCCAAUAUUGGCGUUUCCACGGAUGGCAUUCACCAAGUUCUCAUUCAUAGCAACAUCCGUCUCGUGUCGCCUGCGUUUACAGCUUUAAACGCGUUACGGUCGCACUCGUGGGAAUUUUAAUUUGAGAUAAUUUUUGUGUGACAAUUCUGGCUUUUUGUUUCGUUGCGGAGAGUCGUGGGAUGCUGUUAGAUCUGGAUUAAGAGAUUACUACACUAAUCUAACCUGGUUAAGAAUCGAACCUGGUUAACUCAACCGUGUCAACGCACCUGUGUCAAUGUUUAUAGAUUUUGAAAGUGUUUGAAUUCAUUAAAACGGAGUCAAAAUGCCUUUUGGAUCGUUUGAGAACUUGAAAGGCCGGGUCAUCCAGGCACCUAAAGAUGCUGCUAAUAUGACGAAGAUUCAGAUUCACCGAUUAGUUCACAAGCAGCAAGACGAAAAAUCGUUGGUAAAAUAUGACGAAUUGGACGAAGCUUACUCCGAGGAGGAAGAGAAACCGGAAAAAUCGGCUUCUUCUUAUGUACCGAGUCGGUGUCCCUGUUUAAAAUGUGAUAUGUCCAAACGGUAUCAAAUUGCUCUGCUGAGUAGUGUAGGAUUUGUGUUAUCGUUCGGUAUCCGGUGUAAUCUUGGCGUCGCCAUUUUGAGUAUGACGAAGAAUGAGACAAUACAGUUUACUGGGGAUAGAUCACAAUUUAAUAGCACAGUUCAGGAACCCGAAUUUAGUUGGACACCAGAAACAGUUGGUAUAGUUGAUAGUUCCUUCUUUUGGGGGUAUAUAAUAACCCAGAUACCAGGGGGAUACCUAGCGUCAAGAUUACCUGCUAAUCGAUUGUUUGGUUUAGCUAUUGGUAUAUCUUCCUUUCUGAAUCUAUUUUUACCUGGGGCAGCCACGGUACAUUAUGGCAUGGUUAUUACAGUUAGGAUUCUACAAGGUCUAGUGGAGGGAGUGACGUAUCCAGCUUGUCAUGGUAUAUGGAGACAUUGGGCUCCUCCUUUAGAGCGAUCUAAAUUAGCAACUAUAUCAUUCUGUGGAUCGUAUGCCGGAGCUGUAUUAGGCAUGCCCUUGUCUGGUGUGUUAACACAAUAUUUAGGUUGGCAAUCUGGUUUCUACGUCUUCGGUGUGUUGGGUCUACUGUGGUCUGUAAUUUGGUGGUUCUUCUCGUUCGAGAGACCAGCAACUCAUCCCAGUAUAACCGAAGCUGAAAAAAUUUACAUCGAAACCUCGAUUGGUGAAAAUACCUCCAUUAUUAAUAAGAAUGUAAAAACACCCUGGUUGAAAUUCUUCACAUCAAUGCCAGUUUAUGCUAUCAUGGUGGCUAAUUUCUGUCGUAGUUGGACCUUUUAUCUUCUCAUUAUCAGCCAACCGACUUAUUUCCUUAAAGUUUUCCAGUUUGAAGUUUCUAAGAGUGGAACCCUUUCAGCUCUGCCUCAUCUAGUCAUGGCUAUUAUUGUACCUAUAGGAGGUCAGGUCGCUGAUAUGCUACGACGACAAAUUCUCACCACAACCGUUGUUAGAAAAAUCUUUAACUGUGGAGGAUUUGGAAUGGAAGCAGUGUUUCUACUUGGUGUUGCGUUUGCCCGAGAUACUACUACGUCGGUUGUAUGUUUAACACUCGCAGUCGGAUUCAGCGGUUUCGCUAUUUCUGGAUUUAAUGUAAACCAUCUAGAUAUUGCACCUCGGUAUGCUAGUAUAUUAAUGGGACUGUCUAAUAGUGUUGGUACACUGUCCGGUAUGCUGUGCCCUAUUGUUGUACAAAGUAUUACUAAAGGCCAAGAGCGAGAUUUUGAAACUGCGACAAGAGAGUGGCAGUAUGUUUUUCUAAUUGCCAGCAUGAUCCAUUUCACUGGAGUCGUAUUCUACGCCAUAUUCGCUUCCGGUGAGAAGCAGCCCUGGGCGGAUCCGCCUGCUGAAGAAACAUGGCGCCCUGAACAAAUUCUUCAUCCCGACAGCAACAAUUUCACCUACAAAAAGUACGGAGCCAUGCAAAAUGAAUCAAUCGAUUACAACACAUCGCCCAACCAAUCGCCUGUUUACGAAACUAGGGAAGAAUUGGUCCAGAAGGAAUCUAAAGAUAGCUACAUGAAAGAUGGCGGUGGAGAUUUUUGAGAUUAAUUUACUAUUCUAGGCAUUUAAAAAUAUAUCUGAAAUUAUCGUUUGUGUUUACUGACAUAUCUUAUAAACAAAUCUGAUCUCAUUCGAAUACAUUGCUGAACAAAUCAUAUUGACACGAUGGCUUAUAAUAUAUUAUUACAAUUUACAAAAUUCCAGUAUGGACGAAAUCCAUGAAAGUUUACUGGUAUACGGGCCAAUCAUUAACAUCGAUAGAAAAAUAUGGAAGGGGUUAAUCGGGUGUUUGAUUUUUUAUUAUUAUUAUUCAACUCUCUUCGAAUUAAGCGGGGUGGGUUCGAGUGGGCUAUCGUUUGCGCUUUAUAUCAGAAGGACUGUCAUUGACUCAAGCAGCGUUGUCGUACGUGACAAGGAGUAGGAUCGUCUGGCCCAUCUCGUGGGUUUUCUCGGGGUCUCCAACGCUCAUCCGAAUUAUUGAAAUAAUUUCGUAGCCUACACUGUGUUAGCCCCGGAACUUGAAUGAGCAGAAUCAAACUAUGGAUCGUGGAAUCAACCUAUUUGGCUACACCAGACCACCAUAAUGAUUGUCAAAGGGUAAGGGGCCUACACAGUAAAAUAAUCGAGCAUUUAACGCACCCGAGGAGUGAAAUUAUUAAUAAAUUGUUUGGAUGACCCUUAAUAUCAAACACUUAAUUUACCAUUCUUAAUUUUAUGUCCCGAAAAGUUUUUGUUUGAAGUCGGCGGUGUUUCGAUCAUUCGAUUGAUUGAUAUACAGGGCUGCUUAUUGUUGUGAAUUAUGACAAAGACUAUAUGGAUAGAUUCAGAGCGGUUUCGAAUACGAUUUUCUGAUAUAUAUGAAAAUCGUCGUAGCGGAAGGUCAUGCUCAUGGGAAAUUGUUCAAAAUCAGAAAAGAAACGAAAUUGUAAAUUUUUCUUAAUAAUAUUGAUAUACCCGCCGUUUAAAGGAUGUUUUUUUUUCUAAAUUUAAACAGUUUUUGAUGUAUGAACAAAAGUCUGCUGAAUAAAACAAAAAAAAUAAUUCGUGGACCCAAAAGGCCACGUCUUGGGCCGGGUUCAAGACCAGUACAAGUAAUAAUCGAUGACCUUCAGUAGGCAUGUGUAGGUUACACUACAUUAGCAGAUUGAAACUUACCACAAACGCAUGAUGUAUUAGAAUAGAAUUAGAUUUUCUUUACGGAGCUUUUGUGAUCGUCGUAGAUGGCUAGAAGAUUGCAUUACAUUUUCUUUUUAAAUCCAUUAACCCCACGCUGUCUAUUGAACGAGAAAUGCUAUACUGGAUAAAUCUUAUUUCCCUGUGUACUAUUCGCGGACAAACAAGAUUACCAAGACCAAUCGACAAUUUCCUUAACUGAAUUUCGCCAACAGUAUCUUUCCCAAUCAAACUUUUGUAUACAGCCGUGGGGGUCACGUGACCGAUAAUUGCAGACGUAACGUAUUAAUGGCGGGAAAAGGGAUCAGGUGGCCUUCUCGAGCGAGUUUUUCUUAAUAAUGUCGCUUUUAUUGAAUAGUUUCGUAUCACUGUACGUUACAGAACUUAGUAAUCAUCCCGAUAAUUUGAUUUACUGCGAUCCGCACUCUUAAUGUUCACGGCUCGCACUGACAUGAAGAUAAUCUUCUGUAAGGUAUUCCGCCAUCUUGGUUCGUCUGGCUUCUAUGCCUGUCAAAUAAACGUUUCUUUAAGAAAUAUAGGAGUCGUAUGUUAAGACGAAAAAAUAUGUGCCAUUAACUUUAUUGUACUGAUGCUGGAUGUGUUUGAAUCUGUCCUGAACAACAAUAUUUUAAAAUUAUACAAAGCACCAUUGAUAUUAUUCAUUGGGCGAUGUAUAUUAAAGUGUUUAUAUAAGGCCAAAAAAACAAUGCCUGUGAUUGUGGUUAAAGGGUCGGACGGGCAGUCGGUCGGAAAAUCUUUUACUUGUGGGUUUGUUUUCGAGGGUUUUGUAGUGUAAAUGAAAUUAAUUAAUUUUAAUAACCCACAUUGAUACUAGCUAAAAGCCCUAGUCGUGUAAUUUUAAAUACUUUUAUUAUUUUUUCCCCUAGUAAUAGUAUUUAUUGCUUGAUUACUGAAUAAGGCUCUUGAAGCAAUGCCGAUUCACGCUGUAGCUAGUUAAUACGGAAAUUUCCGUGUUGGAAUUUGUCUGAAGAAAAUCUCGCCAAGACGAUUUAUGGCACCUGGGAAAAAAAGGAAUACAUGUAUAGUUAGGGUCGCGUCACCGUUAACACAGGUAAUUGACAUUUUUUAUUUUAUUUUAUUUUAUUUUAUUCUUUUUUUUUUUUUUUUGGCCUUAUCUAAUACUUUGUGUUAUGUUCUGGGCCCUGUUUCUCGAAAUCUUAACUAAACAUAAACUCCAAAUUUUAGUAGAUACUUCAAUCUAAUAUCAAAUCAAAUUACUAAAAUUCGGAUUUUAUCUUAGUUAAAAUUUUUGAAACAGGCCCCAGGAGGUUAUUGCUGGACACGUGAUUAGCGUUGUAUAUUGAUAUCUCGAUUUGUUUAUGUAUAUAUAUUUAAAUUAUUUAUGGAGAUGUAAAUAGGGUAAAUAGAUAUAGCCUAGUAGGGGUUGUAAUCUAAUCCCUUUAAAGUAUCUGUACGUCAUUUAAGGGUUUGUUAAUCUCUUGCAAACUACAAUAUUGUAAAAGUAGAAUAAAUGGUUCAAUCCCUUUAGUAUUAAUAAAGGAAAUGACUCAAAAUGGGGUUUAACGCCCCACUGCUCUGCUCUGACUGGGCUAAUGAAGACGGGCAUCCGCGAUACAGUGUGCUAUGAGGGAAAUUUUGCCCGGACAACGGCACUACGGCCUACUCUUAUAUCGAAUUCCAUCUGUGUCUGUAUAUAUUACUUUAAAAUGUGUAUAACCCAUUACAAUGUAGAAUGGACAUAUUAUAAGCCAUUUAUAACUAUAUAUAUAAAAACAUAUAUAUAACAUUCAAAUGUGUAUAAAUCAUUACUUACAAUAUAUACUAUACUUAUUUUAAAAUACAUAUUAAAAUUGUAUAUUUUAAAGGCACUUUCAGAAAAUGUAAAUGUGCCAUUGAAAGAAACAGAAAAUUGUUAUUUUCGAUCGCAUCUCCCUUCGUUUGUUCUGCUUCUUCGGUAACGUGCAGGAAAACACUCCCUCCUUACCCAAAGCAGGACCCCCCCCCCCCCAAAAAAAAAAGCAGGAUCCCUAGCCCUUUCUUAUACAUAAAUUGUUGUACAUUUUUGUUUUUGAAAACGUUUCGCUGGUUUUAAGACAGCAUUGAAAACUCGUCUUUUUACCAAUUUAACUGUGCUAUUACGCAAACUGUGAGAGUUUUGUAAAGCGCUUAGAAAUGACUUUUGGACAUAAUGUAGGGCUUUAGAAAACAAUUAUAUAAUUGAUUGAUUCUAAUCUAUUCUAAGUGAGUUUAAUGCCCGACAAACAACACCUUCAUUAUUUUAAUAUCAAAUUAAUGUGAAAAUUGAAUAUCACAAUAGAUUUAAUCACAGAUGAAAUUGAUUCAUGAAUAAAAAUUUGAAAAUAUUGAUUUCGUUAAUUGCUAUUGGUAAUAUUUAGCCGUUUGUUUUACACGCAUGUGAUGUGUGCUUCGUAAAGGAUUCCUGCUACUUUCAGUUUCUCAAUUUAUUAUAGUUUAACAAUUGUAUUAAAUGGUUAUAAAAUUGUUGAUUUUUGUGAACGAUUUGUUUCUUAAAUUUGUGAAUUACUAAUUUGUGAAUUUUUAAAUUGUGAGUUACUAAUUUGUGAACUUUUAUUUUGCGAAUCAUUAAAUUGUGAGUUACUAAAUUGUGAAUUAUUGAAUUGUUAAUUAUUAAAUUGUGAAUUAUAAAUUUGUGAAUUAUUAAAAUGUGAAAUAUUAAAAUGUGAAUUAUUAAAAUGUGAAUUAUUAAAUCUGAUAUGGGUUGAUUUUUAAAUUGUGAUUUAUAUAUUGUGAACUAUGGAAUGAUAUUUCCUAGGUUGAUUGAUCAAGGGGGAAAAUGAACAUUUGUGAUAAAUUCAAUCAAACGCGUUCUCACUAUAAAGAUUUUUUUCUCCUAAGACAAUCUUCCCGCUUAUUUCAAAUGAAAAUUACAUACAUAGAUUGUUGAUGCACCGUCACUGACUAUGGAAUACAAUUGCUGAAUUGCUGACUAUGGAAUACAAUUGCUGACUAUUGAAUACGGAAUACAAUUGCUGACUAUGGAAUAUACAAUUACUGUUUAUUACUGACGAAAUGUUUUCACUGAUUGAUUGAUGAACACUAUAGUACCCUGGGUGAUAAAUCGUAAUGGUAAUGUGAACUGUGAAAAUUUUCCAUUUAAAUUGGCAUUGCCUGGUAUGCGACGGUUAUUAAUGUGGCAAUAGUACAUUAAUGUGCACAGGAUAUUUGUACAAAUGUAAGCUUAAAAUUAUUUCAAGAUAAUUGUGUCGCAAUCUGUCUGUCAUGCGUAAUGAGACUGCAUUGGCAAUGGGGCACAUUUUAAUACAAAAAAAUUAAAGCAAGAAUAUAUUUGUAUGGUCUAAAAUGUGUGUUGCAAAACAUAUGUGCGUAAAAUUAAUUUCUCAAUAAAUAUUAUUUGUUUUGUUUUCUAAAAAAAUAUUAAACCGUUUUAAAAAAAUAUAAAAAUGAAAGUAGAAUAGAUGCCAACUGUUAUUGUGCGUACUUGGUUCAGGAACUUUUUUGUGUUUUUGAUCUUGGACCAGUAUUUAAUUGAUUGCUGAAUCUUAAGUGUUUUUUUAUGAAUCCUCCAAAAACACAACAAUAAACAAAAAUUCCCCCCAAAUACGAAACCUUAAAGCUGUAUCUCGAAUACGAAAUCUUAACUCUCUCCACAUUCGUGUGUCCAAAUGUUCUGCAAGAUGGCGCCUGGUUGAGGGGCAUUCCUAUUUCUAUAUAGCCAUUACUUGAGGCUUUAGACACGGGGGGGGGGGGGGUAGCUACGCAGCUCUUGGUCGCGAAAAUGGAGAUUUUCUUCUUCUUCUUUUGCACGAGGGGCUUAGUUCUUUGGAAAAACUCCCACGACUACGCCAAUUCAAGUACAAUCGUCAUGAAACAUGGCAUGACACUAAUUUUGAUAUGACGUCACAAUUCCAAGAUGGUGGGGACAACGUUCCUGGUCCAUAUAAAACUAUUGUUUUUGUUUUAUCAUAUUAUGUGUGAUUCAUUAUAAAUCUAAUUGGUUUUAAUUGAAUACAAUCAGUCGUUGUGUCAUAUACAAUUAUAUGUGGUAGUGUAGAUAUAUAUAAUAUAUAAUAUAGUCUCUAAAGAUUUUUAAUUGUUGAUUCGUUUGAUUGUUGAUAGUUGAAUCAUAAAGCGAAAUAUAAUGUUAUAUAUUAUUUAGUGAAAUAUGAUUGUUAAUUAUUAUUUAUUAAUAAAUAAUUCGGUAUUCAUUACCAAUGUUACAUAUUGUUUUUUGUGAGAUUGUUACUGGAGUUUUCAAUUUGUAGAGUGAAUAAUAUAUAAUUAGAAGUAGGAUGCAAUUUGUUCCAUGACAUAUGAAGCGAAAAAUAACUGUGUUAGUUUAAUGAUUUUUAUCUAGAUUAAAGCUUGGUACGUCGAUAGACAAGUCGGAUUCAAUUUCUAAAUGGAUUCAUUAAUUAGUGUUUGUUCUGUCAUGGCGAGUAGGGAGGGGAUGGUAGUAUAUUUAAUGGGCCAGCCAACCUCUGCAGGCCACUGUUGUUAUAUAGACCAAAGCGCAGUGCUUGAACAAACCGAACUUUUUCCUUUCGACGAGAUUUACUUUGGGCAUUCCCCUGCAAAGACACUAUGUCUUAAAAGACAAAUCCAACUGGAUCAAGCCUUUCUCCUAUGGUUGUCUAGUCCUUCGGAUGAGACGAAAAAACCGAGGUCCCGUGUAUACAUUGGAAUGCACGUAAAGGAUCCCUUGGCAGUUGGAAUUCGAUAUAAGAGUAGGCGAUAGUGCCGCUGCCCGGGCAAAAUUUCCCUCAUAGCACACUGUAUGGCGUACGCCCGUCUUCAUUAGCCCAGUAUAGGAGCAGAGCAGUAGGACGUUAAACCCCAUUUCAUUUCAUUUCCUUUUCGCUUCCUCUAUCACCUAUGGUGGCAGUGGAGAGAGAGAGAGGGAGAGAGAGAGAGAGAUGGGGUUUACCGUCCACUCGACACAAACUAGGUCAUUUCGGGACUAACACAUGGUUCAAUUUUAUUUCAAUCAUUCGCUUGCGCGUAGGGGUCUUUAGUAGUGGGAGGAAUCCGGGGGACCCGGAGAAAACCCACAAGGUUGGACAGGCGACCCUACUCCUUGUCACGUACAAUUGGGGAAUCGAAACCCCGCCAGUUGAUUCAAUCACAGACCUUAUGAUACAGCGCGCGUGCUAACCAUUCGGCCAUCCAACCCCCUGGUGGAAGUGGACGUAAAACUGUAGGAACGAACGAACGAACGCUUAAACAAAGCACAGGGGUGUAACACAGGAGUGUAAGUGUUACUGAAACUGUCAUAGACUGUUUACUUAAGAAACAUUCGGACCGGAACCGGAUACACUUGGAAAACAUUCAAUGCGCAUGUCAGCAUAGUCAGUUAUGUCCCCUGUACCAAAUCUCGCUUUAGCUAAUUAAUUCUCACACAUGUUGAUUUUUAACAAAAUGAAUCAAAUAUUCAUACAAUUCGAAUUUCACAUGAAACGAAAUUUUUUGCAUUACUUGAUAGGCUUAAUUAUGAAGGUUUCAUAUUUGACAACAAUCGGAUUUGCUUUACUCAGGCAAGGCCUGUUGCAUAUUAAUACGUUAAUGUUUUUAAUUUCAUCUUCCUCCAAAGAACUGUAUUUUAUGAUAAAAAAAUAUGUUGUCCGAAUUACAAAAUAGAGGGGAAAAAUAAUUAUUUCGGAGAAACCCAUCUUUAAUUUUUGUUUUGUGUUGCUAAAUUGUUUGUUAUUACAUUAUUGACCAAUCUUAUUAAAAUGCAGAUCUAUAUUUCGUUUAGUUUUUUUAUACUGUCGAUGGCCUACACUACAUGAAGAUCUGACAAGUUGUAUUCGAAGAUAGUGUCAGACGUCGUACAAGCAACUCUUAACCCCAUGACGUCAGACAUUGAUUAAUCAAUCAGCGUUGGCGUUUUUAGUGGUUUACCCACAGUUCCGUGCAUGGCACGCCAAGAAGUCGCCGUAACAGACUGUUUCAUUGGCUUAUCCCUCCCUUCAGCCAAAACGCCGGUAUUAUAAGAACUCUGCCAGAUCCUAGUGUAGUAAUGACAAGUAAAACGAAAUUUUGAACUAUAAAAAACGAAACGAAAUACGAUCUGUGUUUUAAUCAGAUUGAUUAUUGAGAUUCCAUAGGACGUUUGGGAACCUUAACAGAACGUGCUAUUGUCCGCCAUUUUACGUGCUAUAUAAGGUCAUAUUACACGUAGUGACGUGGAAGAGGUGGAUAUGACGUCAUAAACGGUUGUGUUAUUUUUCAGUGUCUUAUCAAGUUAAGCUGAGUUUUAACUCGAUACCCAAAUUGAAAUUAUUACGAGUGUUUAUCAAUGUAUAGAUGUAUAUUGAAUUCAAUAUUUAAAAAAAAGGGGGUUACCAGUAUUUAUCAAUAUAUACGUGUAUGAAAAGUUAAAGAUAACUACUCUUAGUUAUUAAAUACUCAAAAAUAUAAAAGUUUUUGAAAAAAGAACUACAUCAUUUGUUGAUUACUAGCACUUUCGCUUAUUUUAUUAAGCUUUUCGGGUGAACAACAUUCAGAUAAUACAACAAUGACUAUGACGUGUUUGACCUUGGACUAUUACGUUACUAUGUCACUAUGACGUCAUAGUCAUUUUUGUAUUAUCUGAAUGUUGUUUACCUGAAGAGCUAGUAAUCGACAAAUAAUGAAGUUCUUUUUUUUCAAAAACUUUUAUAUUUUUGUGUAUAUACAUGUAUAUUGAAUUCACUAUUUUAAAAAAAAGGAGUUUUGACUGUUAGGUGAAGUCAUAUUAAGGUUUUCUCUCAUCAGUAUUUAGAUCAUGAUGUGUGUAUAUCACAUGAUAUUACAAUAAAAAUCAAUUUCU